AUAUAAAGCUUUUUUUGCUGAUUUUGCGCAUCCAAUCCUGAAUGCAGCGCAUAUUCGUCGUUGCAAUGGAAACACUUCACAGAAGACCGUUGUAAACACGACCGUCGUCACGCAACAUGGUCGCGCCCUCGUUACUAUUCGUGCGAUCCGGCGGCCGUUGUUCCGAGUCAUUCCGUCAUCCGUGAUGGUUGGUCAUUCGUUGUCCAAGUGGACGAGCGAGGAAGUGCGUCGGGUGAAGUGAAGCACGUGUCUGGCCACUGUCGUCGUGCUCGGUGUAGCCUGAAAGGUCCGCGCGUUGCGACGAUCCGUCCGUCGAUGGAUGCGACGCACCGUGUCUACGAUAUAUCACUUGGCGCAACUGGUACCUUAUAUCCUGUGUUAGCACUUCGUGCAUCGGCCGCCGACGACGACGACGACGACGACGUCGCCGCCGCCGCCGCCGCCGCCGCCGCUGCCGUCGCCGCUGCCGUCGAGUACAAUGGCGAACACCGGGGUUUUACCGUUCGUGCGAGGUGUGGACUUCAGCAGCAACGACUUCGGCGAUGGCAAAUUUCCUGAAUCUGUGCGUCUUAUGACUGGGAUACAAUGGUUGAAGUUGGACAAAACAAAUUUGGCUGAGAUUCCGGAAGAGAUGGGCAAGUUGUUGAAACUGGAACACCUCUCACUUGUAAAAAAUAAACUGGAACGGUUGUAUGGUGAAUUAACAGAAUUGGGAUGUCUCAGAACAUUAAACAUCAGGCAUAAUAACAUUAAGUCCAGUGGUAUUCCAGCAGAAUUAUUUCAUUUGGAGGAAUUGACAACCUUAGAUUUAAGUCACAACAAUUUGAAGGAGGUACCUGAAGGCCUAGAGAGAGCACGUUCCUUGCUCAACCUUAACUUAAGUCAUAAUCACAUUGAGACGAUACCAAAUACGUUGUUUAUCCAUCUAACAGACUUAUUGUUCUUGGAUCUUAGUCACAAUAAGUUGGAAACUGUGCCACCACAAACUCGGCGUUUAGCCAACUUGCAGACUUUGAAUUUGAAUCAUAAUCCUUUAGGCCAUUUUCAGUUAAGACAAUUGCCAUCGUUGAUGAGUUUAACUACGCUGCAAAUGCGAGACACACAACGGACGUUGAAUAAUAUACCUUCUAGUCUAGAAACUUUAACCAAUUUACAGGAACUCGACUUAUCGCAGAAUAAUUUACCCCGAGUCCCUGACGCGCUUUAUUCUUUAUCGAAUUUACGUCGUUUAAACCUCAGCAACAAUCAGAUAACAGAAUUAUCGAUUGCAAUCGAAAUGUGGACAAAAUUGGAGACUCUGAAUGUGUCUCGAAAUAAAUUGAGUGCAAUACCAGCUUCUCUGUGCAAGAUCUCUACUUUAAGAAGAUUAUAUUUAAAUGAUAAUGAAUUAGAUUUUGAGGGCAUACCUUCUGGGAUCGGAAAGUUAUCGUCGCUGCAGGUAUUCUCCGCUGCCAAUAAUCAAUUAGAAAUGAUACCAGAAGGGCUGUGCAGAUGUGGUGCAUUAAAACAAUUAAUAUUGACGUCGAAUCGGUUGAUCACUGUUCCCGACGCCAUUCAUCUGCUCACGGACUUGGAGCAGUUGGACUUGAGGGACAAUCCGAAUCUAGUUAUGCCACCGAAACCGUUAGAAGCGCAAAGAGGAUCGGGCAUCGAAUUUUAUAAUAUUGACUUCUCAUUACAGCAUCAGCUUCGUCUCGCCGGUGCCAACGUGCCAGUUCCGGUUCAAGCUGCCAAUAGCAAGGAUCCGAUCGCGCGUAAAAUGCGACUUCGAAGAAGGCGAGAUCAAGAGGAGGCUGAUCAAGAUCAAGCUAAGAUCCUCAAGGGGAUGAAGGACAUAGCAAAAGAGAAGAACAAAGAUAAGGAGUGCGAGGAAUCGAAAGCGGAAUCGUUGAAGCCCAAGCGAUGGGAUGAAGCCUUGGAGAAGCCGCCGCUGGAUUAUUCAGAGUUCUUCGAUGAAGAUGCCGGUCAGAUACCCGGUCUGUCGAUCUGGGAGAUCGAGAAUUUCCUGCCGAACGAGAUCGAGGAAGUGGCACACGGUAAAUUUUACGAGGGCGACUGUUACAUCAUCCUUAAAACUGGGAUAGAUGAGGGUGGAUCGUUGACCUGGGCGAUCUAUUUCUGGAUUGGAGAAAAAGCGACUUUGGACAAAAGAGCGUGCGCGGCGAUCCAUGCCGUGAAUCUGAGGAACUAUUUAGGUGCGCAAUGCCGGACGAUCAGAGAGGAGCAGGGAGACGAGUCGGACGAAUUUCUGAUGCUGUUCGAUUCGGGUAUCACAUACAUUGAAGGCGGUCGCACAUCGUCCGGUUUUUAUACAGUGGAGGAUACGCCGGCGAUUACUCGUUUAUACAGAGUACACGCAGCGGGAGCUUCGAUACAUCUGGAGCCGGUUCCAAUCUCCAUCGAGUCUCUGGAUCCCGGUUAUGUGUUCGUCCUUGAUACGGGGAAUAAGAUAUUCAUGUGGUACGGGAAAAAAGCGAAGAGCACGCUGAAAUCAAAGGCGCGAUUGAUGGCGGAAAAAAUUAACAAAAACGAACGGAAGAAUAAAGCCGAGAUUAUAACGGAGGUCAUGAAUACGGAGUCCGAAGAUUUCUUGUUGCACUUUGGUCUGGAAGAAGACGAACAAAAGGAUCGGCAUAUUGUUGAACAUGUGGAUCCAAAUUUUGUGCCUCUUGUGCCCAGAUUGUAUCAAGUUCAACUCGGAAUGGGCUAUCUGGAACUACCACAGGUCGAAGUUCCUCACAGCAAAUUAACGAAUACUUUGCUAAACAAUCGCAAUGUAUAUAUAUUAGAUUGCUAUUUAGAUGUAUAUGUUUGGUUUGGAAAAAAGUCAACGAGAUUGGUGCGCGCCGCUGCUGUGAAGCUGUCUCAAGAGUUGUUCAACAUGAUAGAAAGGCCGGAAUAUGCAAUGAUAACAAGAUUGCAAGAAGGCACAGAGUCUCAAAUCUUCAAGUCUAAAUUUACUGGAUGGGACGAAGUGAUCGCCGUAGAUUUUACUAGAACGGCUGAGUCGGUCGCUAAAACUGGGGCAGACCUGACUAAAUGGGCCAAGCAACAGGAAGCGAAGGCUGACCUGGCCGCUUUAUUUAUGCCACGGCAACCGUUGAUGUCAGCUUCCGAGGCGCAUCAGCUCAUGACAGAGUGGAACGAUGAUUUGGAGGGAAUGGAAGCGUUGGUGUUGGAAGGAAAGAAAUUUGUGCGGCUGCCGGAAGAGGAAUUGGGACAUUUUUACAGCGCGGAUUGCUAUGUGUUCUUAUGCCGAUAUUGGAUGCCGUUAGACAUAGCGGAGAACGAAGACGGCGACGAGCAAUACGAGGACGAUUAUCAAUGUACAGUUUACUUUUGGCAAGGUAGAGACGCAGGAAAUAUGGGAUGGCUGACUUUCACAUUCAGUUUGCAGAAGAAAUUCAAGUCGUUGUUCGGCGAAAAUCUGGAAGUCGUGAGGACACAUCAGCAACAGGAGAACUUGAAGUUCAUGAGUUAUUUCAAACGAAAAUUCAUUAUUCACCAAGGCAAACGUAAACAGCCAAAGGUUGCAGGUAGCAACAAAGUGGAGUUUUAUCAUCUACGUAGUAACGGUAGUGCCUUAUGUACUCGUCUUAUUCAGAUGCCGGUAGCGGAUUCGACUUUAUUGAAUUCCGCUUUUUGUUACCUCUUAAAUGUGCCAUUUAACAAUGACGACGGUACCGGUAUUGUGUACGCUUGGAUUGGCUCGAAAUCUGAUCCCGAAGAUGCGCGUUUAAUUACAGAAGUUGCGGAAGAGAUGUUCAAUAACCCAUGGAUAAGCUUGCAAGUGCUAAAUGAAGGUGAGGAACCAGAUAAUUUCUUCUGGGUGGCACUCGGAGGAAAGAAGCCGUAUGAUACCGACGCGGAAUACAUGAAUUACACGAGAUUAUUUAGGUGUUCCAAUGAGAAGGGAUACUUCACAAUCAGCGAGAAAUGCACCGAUUUCUGCCAAGACGAUUUGGCAGAUGACGAUAUCAUGAUCCUUGAUAAUGGAGAACAAGUAUUCCUCUGGUUAGGCACUCGUUGUUCUGAAGUAGAAAUCAAAUUGGCCUAUAAAUCGGCCCAAGUGUAUAUUCAACACUUACGCGUGAAGCAACCCGAGAAACCUCGUAAGUUAUUUUUGACUGCCAAAGGUAAAGAGUCCAGGAGAUUCACGAAAUGCUUUCACGGCUGGGGUUCGCACAAGAGGCCGCCACAGUAAAAACGAGUCAGUUUAUCGCAUAUAUACGCUUAUUAUCGUACGAGGUAGUUUUACAUGUAGGCAAGACGAACGCAAACGCAACAUUCUUUUACCGUAGAUUUGAGACGUAUCGCGACCUUGUCUCUCUUUGUUACUCGUACUUUACGUAUCGAACGGAAGUCAAUAUAUCGCAAUAAUUUCUACAGAUCUUCGUACAUUUUCGCAGCAAGCAAACAAUCAAUCAAUCAAUCAAUCAAUCAAUCGUAGACAUGCAGAUAUAGACUGAACACUCUUACAUGACGGCUGAAUGACAUAUUGAAAAAUAAAAUGCACAUGGUUUCCCCCACUUCUGAGUAUUUUGGCUCAGGCUUAACGCAUCGUUUUAUAUAUACUUUUAUACCGUUACCGUAAAAUUAUCAUGAAUAACCGAUACACAUUUUUAUUUGCAUGGUAAUUGUAAUUCUGAUCGAGAAAGAUUAAGCAGUUGGAACAAGCGCAUUUUAAAUUAUCCGAUUUCGAUUGAUUAUAUGAUUGGAUCAUUAAAUAUAUUGUAUAUUC